AUGGAAGAUUUAAUUCCCUAUUUAGAUCUUUCUGUUAGUGCCUGUUUUUCAGCUGGCAUUUGGUCUUUACCUUCCUCUAUCCCUCCGAAUUUGGAUGCUUUGAUUUAUUCUGUACCAAUCUCUAGUAACACGGUGGUUUCUAGCUGGAUUAGCAAUGGCAAACCUUCUUUCCACACUUUUCAAAAGAAGUUUUUUCAGGAUCUGGAAACUGUACAGUGGUCUAAUUUUAUUUGGUUUAAACAUCAUGCUACCCGUUUCUCUAUAUACUCUUGGAUGGCUUUUAGGAAUGGGCUUAAAACUGCAGAUGCUCUGAUUUCCAGGGGUAUUUCGGCAUCUCCUGAAUGUGUUUUUUGCAAGACUGACAAGGAAAAUCUUAAACAUCUUUUGUUUGAAUGUGAUUUUUCCUAUAAUAUUCUUCUAAAUACUCUUCCUCAGAUGAGUUACAUGCUUUUUAGACCAAAUCUGUGGAAAGUUUAUAACAACAUUGAGGAAUGGGAAAUGGAUUCCAGUCGGAAAAGCCUUUGCUAUAUCUUGCUAACUGCUAUUGUUUAUUUCAUCUGGAAGGCUAGAAAUGACAGGCUUUUUGGGAAUAUUAUUGAAUGUCAAACCACUGUUACUGGCAACAUUAAAAGAGCUGUUCUGCUUAAGAUUUUGAAAAAGAAAUGCUUUCAAAAUUUACAUCAUUGGCUGAAAUGA